AUGUCAGUUUCCCAGAUCAAAGUGAUGCCGUCAUAUCAGCCAUUUCAAUGUCUCGUCUGUCAAAGUCGAUUUACUCGACAUGAGAACCUCAAGCGACAUUCAACGCUACACUCCCGCUCUCAGGCCGAGGCCUCGCUUCCCUGUGACUUUUGCCACGCCACAUUCUCCCGUCCCGACUUGCGCAAUCGUCAUAUGAAGAGGAAACACCCAGAGCACGAGCAGCAUCGAGUGACGAAGAAAACACAGCGCCAACCAGCACCCAGACAAGACCGGCCGCAUUCUUCUGCCUCGCCGACAGCGAUCUCACCUACAAGAAGUCACGGUGGCUUGCCGUCUCCUGGAUCCGUGCAUUCGAGCCCAGGAGAGGAGACGAGAUUCGAUAAUGAUGCGAUCUGGCGCCCAGUAAUGAGGUAUCCGCAACAGUUUGACCGUGAUCACCUCACGGAAAACCCGAAUAUUGCUACGCCAAGGACCAGGAUAGCCAAGACACAAAUAACGGGAGAUCUAUUACAACACCAACCGACGACGAGCGAUUCCAACUUGAUCGAUCAGAUUGUCCAGGACGGUACAGAUCUGGAGCGGAGCUUACUACUAGGGACAUCCUUUCUGAAGUCCACUAAUCACCUUGACAACCAACAACAUUCGAUGACUACCUUACAGGCUGAGCCAAUUGAUACAAGUCUAGCCGAGUACAGCUUCAAUCAUCCAAUCUUGGAUAGAUUGUCGCCAAAUGACAUCCCUCAGCUCCAGGACGAUUGGACCCCGACUGCCCUACAAAUUUCAAGAGGCUGCAUUCUAUUUUUCAACUCUGUCACUCAUUUCCUCCCUUUUCUCCAUUCCUCGACAUUUGACCCGACACAAGCUCCUCCUCAUCUGGUCCUCAGUAUUCUUUGCCUUGCCUAUCAAUAUGGCGAGGACCCAGAGUGCGGGGACCAAGAGGGCUCAGGCAAAAGCUUUUCUAAACGUUGCUUUCAUAAAGCCCGAGCUCUCCUUGCCUCAGAUGAAGAUAGGCCUGACGCUUCAACAAUGAUUACCACAUUAGUUCAAUCAUACUUGCUCCUUCAAAUUUGUGCCAUGAUGUACCUUUGUGGCGACAACUCGGCAUGCGGGCUCAAGAUGCAUUCGCAUAUGAUUUCUCUAGCUCGCGCUGGACGAAUGACACAGCCAAUGCCCAUUGAGUCAGGCACGACAGCAAAUUUGGAGUCAUUAUGGCGGGAAUUUAUCAAAGCCGAGUCGCACAAACGGACCCUUUUCGCCGUGCAUCAGAUCGACGCGCUUUGGUACCAAUUCCUUUCUAUUCCCCGCUCGAUCUCACACUUGGAGAUCAAGCAUGAUAUGCCCUGUCCAGAAGACCAAUGGUCUUCAUCAUCUUCUGCUGAAUGGGCUCAUCGGCAACUUGUUGCAAGAAACGCCGGCCCCUCAGUCACAUACACGGAUGCUGUUCGACGCUUCCUUUCAUCUGAUGACGAGAUCGCCUGUAUUCCGGCAUUUGAUCCAUACGGCGCCAUCAACAUUGCGCAAUUUCUGAUUUCUAGCGCCCGGGAGAUUUCAGGCUGGUCUACAAUGACAGGAAUCCUCAGUAUGGAACGAUUUGGCGCGUUACGAUCAUCUCUCGUUGCACUCAGCCCGUUUAUCUGCUCCAACAACCACACAGCACAAAAAGCGCCUGCGACAGCAUGUGCUGCAACUUGGGAGACUGCAAUGAUUGAGCUGCAGAUGUGGUCACCAUCACAUACAGGCGGUAUUGUGGAAGGAAGCAUAGACGCCGUUCUCAGUCAGUCAACAUACUUAGUACCGUCGCAGUUCCUGUGUGAUACAGACACGGCCAAAGCUAUACAGCCACAUGUCAACUGGUUCCUACGAUAUCUCGAUGAGACACUCAUAUUGGACUCUGAAGCGCCGUGGGUUGCCUUGUAUGCGUAUAAAGCCUUUUUGAUUGCCUGGCAGCUGAUUCAGAUUGGCAUGCCUGGCGCAAUGGAUGCUGUGGGCGUCCAGGAUGGUGAUAGGGAAGGAGCUCUCAUGUGGGCGAGAAAGGUCUUCCAGCGAAGGCAGAAAUGGCAGCUUGGAAAGCUCAUUUUGUCUUGUUUAAAUGAUCUAGACAAAUGA